ACACAUAAGACAACAACACUGGAGAGUGAACAGCUGGCUUUGAAUAAAACACCUUACAGCUACAGUAUUCUUAUUGCUUUUUCAGGGAAUGUUUGUUGUGGGUUUAGAAGUUCAGCAUGGAGACUGCAGAUUGCUGGUUUUAUAAAACACCACCAAGAUAUCCAGAAUCAGAGAGAACAUGUCACUCACCUGAGCUGAGAAUUGUGCUGCUAGGUGUUUCUGGUGUUGGAAAGAGUGCAACAGGAAAUUUAAUACUGGGCAGAAAGGCUUUUAAAGAGACAAGAACCAGAGUGAGUGAGAUACAGAGAGGAAGAGUAGAGGACAGAAUCAUCUCAGUCAUUGACACUCCGGGAUUCUUCACCACUGAACUGACUGAUGAAGAGCUGCAUCAUGAAAUGAUAAAGAGUGUUUCUCUCUGUCACCCUGGACCUCAUGUGUUCCUGCUGAUGAUCAAUCUGGAGAACAUGAAAGAGGGGGAGAGGAUCCUUGUGGAACAAAUUGAGAAGAACUUUGGACCACAGGCUUUUAAGUUCACUCUACUUCUGUUAAUUGGAAGAGAACAAAUGUCCAACAAAGAAUGGAUGGUCUUUAUGCUUAGUACAAAAUUUCAGGAGCUAGUCAGACAUUGCAGGGAUAAAUAUCAUGCAAUCAACAGUAUAAAUGAAAUUAACGCAACUCACAUCUCAAAGCUUCUACAGAAGAUUCAUGACAUCGUCAAACAGAAUUGUGACCAGCAUUACAAUACUGACAUUUACUUAAAGUCCCCAACAAAGAUUAAAAAAGUAAUGCAAAAAUUGGAAGAAAAAAAGGAGGACCCAAGAAAACACACAGAGAGAGACAAAACAAGAACAAGUAAAACUGUGUGGAAGACGUUUAAAAGUGUAAUACAGGAACACAUAACACAUAAUUUCAUCGAACCAGAAAAGGAAACUCUUAUUUCUCAUGUGAGAAAAACUCAUGAAGAUGAAGAAUGGGUUUUUCAAGAAUGUAAGAAUGUUAAAGUGGGUGAUAGUGGAUCAUUAGUAAGAUCAGUGAAAUUCUCAUAUGAACAAAUGGAAGAAGUAAAUGAGAUCCAAAAACAAACAGAAAGCUGGGAAAUAAGCUGUAUAGGAAAAUGUGACUUGAGAAACACCCAAGCAGAUCUCAGAAUUGUGAUGGUGGGGAAAACUGGAGCUGGAAAGAGCGCAACAGGAAACACCAUCCUGGGACAAAAACCUUUUAAAGAAGACUUUUGUUCUGAAUCUGUGACUGGAAAAUGCCAACAGUAUCAGGGGAGGGUAGAAGGUCGAAUUAUCUCAGUGAUUGACACUCCAGGGGUGUGUGACACGUCAAUGUGUGAACGAGACUUGAAGGUCGAAGUAGUGAGAUGUGUAGAAAUGUCUCUUCCUGGUCCUCAUGUGUUUCUAUUGGUCAUCCGAUUGGAUGUGAGAUUCACAGUUGAGGAGAAAUACACAGUUAAAUGGAUUCAGGAGAACUUUGGAGAAGAUGCUUUACAUUACACCAUCAUUCUUUUCACUAGAGGGGAUCAGUUGAAAACAUCUAUAGAGGAGUUUCUGACAACAAACAAGCAGAUGAAUGAGCUAACCAAACAGUGUAAAGCUGGUUAUCAGGUUUUUGAUAACACAAUUGAAACUCAAGCACAGGUUAGUGAGCUGUUAUGGAAGAUAGACACAAUGGUGAAGGACAACGGAGGAGAGCAUUACACAAAUCAGAUGUACCGGGAAGCUCAAAGGAAAAUCUGGGAAGAAGAAGAGAGUCGGAGAAAGGAGGACAGGAGAUUAAGGCAAGAAGAGGAGACCAGUAUAAGGAAGGAUGAACAAAAGAGACUUGUAAAGACUGCUAAAAUGGGAGCCUUGGUGGGAGCAGGUGUGGGAGGAGUGAUUGGAGGUGUAGCACUGGCAGCGGGAACUGGAUUGGCUCUACCUGCUGCUUUAAUCACAGGAGGUGCAACCCUUGCAGGAGGAGCGGGUGCAAAACUUAUCGCAGACACAAUUAACAGGAAGCAGAGUAAAACAGCAGCAAACAAGAAAAGUUAGUUAUAGCAACACUUUGAAUGAUUUUAUCAUUUUGCGUGGUUUAAUGCAGGAAUACAGGUACAGUAUAUCACGCAGAACGGGUGAAGAAAUCUAAAGCAGCUUAGUUUUAUUCCAGCUUUAUUUGUGGUUAGUAAAAAGAUAUAAGGAUCUUGACUAGAGGAUAUCCUUAAUAAU